AUGCUGCGGCGCGUAGCAGUACUGGCCCGCCACGCCGCUCGGCAGGCAUCCCGCGUGCGAACGCAGCAGCGCUCGGUGGUCUCUGUCACGCACCCGUUGCGCCAUGCGCAGCCUUUUUCUCUGCAUGUGCGAUCGCUGCAUGGUGCGUCGGUGCCAACUGACAAUGCCUUUUGGGACGAGGUCCAGGCGCUGCAUGUGCGCGCCUACAAGGAGGACGCUGUCGCGCAAUAUGAGCUAGGGCUCAUGUACCUCGAAGACGACGAGGCCAAUGACGCGACGUCGGCCGAAGACGAGUGGCUCCUCGAUGCCGAGGACAUGCGCCAAAAGGCAAAUGCAACCACCGACCCGCAGGACAUCAGGACCAUUCGGAAGCAGGCGCGCAAGAUGUACAAGGCGUACCGCGAAGAGCAAAAGAAGAAGACACAGGCCGCGAGUCUCGUCCAGCAUACGACGACUGACGCCUUGGACGACGUCUUUGGCAGCAUCGUCGAGCCGCUCUUGAACGGGCGCAAGAAACUACCGCCGCUCGACGAGGCCUUUGUGGCCCCGUCCGACCCGAUGGAGCUCAUGCGCCAAGACAACGCCAAGGGUGUCGAGUGGCUCCGCCGCGCGGCCGAUGCCGGGCACCGCGACGCCUACGUCCGCCUCGGGAACCUCUGCAUGGAGCACGACCCGCCGCUCGCGCACGCCGGCGCCGCGUGGUACUCGCUCCUCGCCAACUGCCAGAACCCGCACCCGGAUGCGCUCUACAACCUUGGGCUGCUCUACUACAACGGCAGCGCCAACUCAGUGCCUCCGAUCCCCACGGACGCUGAGCGCGCGAUGAGCUACUUUAUGAAGGCGGCCGAGGUCGGCGACCCCAGUGCGCUCUUCUUCAUGGGUCAUGUGCUACACGUCGGCCACGAUGUCGUCCCGGCGAACGCGACCAGCAGCCUCCUCAUGCUCGAAGCGGCCGCUGACAAAGGUCAUGGCGGCGCCCGCUACUACCUCGCCCAGCUCUACCGCAGCGGGGACGAGACCAUGGGUAUCGCGCCCGACGCUGAGGUGUUUUGGCGCUACCUCGAGGCCGCUGUCGCAUGCGACGACGCCGACGCCAUCUACUGCAUGGCCGACGCCUACCACUACGGUCUGCCUCCGCUGACGGCGCCCGACAUGCGGCAAGCGAUCGAAUAUUACACGCAAGCGGCAAAACUCGAACACGCCGACGCGCUCUGCUGCCUCGGCGCGCUCAAGUACGAACGCCGCGAGUACACCAAGGCCUUUCAGUACUACCAAGCGGCGGCCGACCGCCACUCGAUGUCGGCGUGGAAGAACCUCGCCGACAUGUACUACACGGGGACGGGUGUGCCCCAGAGCAAAAAGACAGCCGAGUCGAUUCUCGACAUGCUCAAGCAGCUCGAAGCCGCCGAGUAG